AUGCCACAUGAAGAUCAUACAGUCCAGCAGGUGGCGCAAAGACAGUACGUGACGUGUCACAGAAAACAACGCGUGAAGAAAGAGCGACUCACAGCUUCAACAGCGAUGUCCGUCGUGAUGGUGCAGGUGGAUGUGAUGUGCUGUAAAUCAGUAGGAACUGAUCUGUCUAUGCUGGAUAUUGAUGAUUUGAUGACAGAAAUCUGUCAGCUGAAGAAAGAGGUGAAGUUACUGGAGACAAAACUCAGAGAGAGAGACCAACUCAACAGAAAGGAUGUAUGUGGUGUUUCUCUCUGUGAUCAAACAUCUCCAGAUCUUCUGCUUUCUGUCUGUAAUGAAGAGCAGAAGACAUCAGUGAAGCUGCUGGACUGUGAGAUGGAGCUGAAAACACAAAUCACAGAAGCAGAAGUACAGACAGAAAGAGGAGAUUUGAUUUAUUUAGACCUGAUGCAUGUGAAGGAGGAACGUUCAGAACCGAAUGAAAUUAAGAAAGAAAAUAGUUUCAUGACUGGAGAAGAAUCUGUGAGCUGCUUGAAAACUGAAAAGUAUUUGUCUCCCAAAAAAUCUCAAAGAGCAAUAGACAACGAUUCUCAUAUGUCCCCUCAGCGUGGAAAGAGCUUCACGUCUAAAUCCGAUCAUAUUAGGCACGCGAGAAUUCAGACUGCAAAACGGUCCUACAGAUGUGACCAGUGUGGAAAGACCUACAGUCGUGAAUACAACCUUAACAGGCACAUGAAGAUUCACACUGGAGAAAAAUCUUAUACAUGUGACCAGUGUGGAAAGACCUACAGUCGUGAAUACAACCUUAACAGGCACAUGAAAGUUCACACUGGAGAGAAAUCUUAUAAAUGUGAUCAGUGUGGAAAGAUCUUCAUUCGUAAAGACCACCUUAAUAAACACACGAGAGUUCACACUGGAGAAAAGCCUUACAGAUGUGAUCAGUGUGGAAAGAGUUUUGCGUGGGCAGAUAAUCUGAGAGAUCAUCUUCUCUAUCAUUCUGGAGUGAGAUCAUUUCAGUGUGAACUGUGCAAUAAAACUUUCAUUACUGCAAUUGAUCUGAAGAAGCACAUGAAGAUUCAUACAGGUGUGAAGUCUUAUGUCUGUUCCAUCUGUGGAAAGACCUUCUCUCAAUCCUCCAAAUGUAAAGAUCAUAUGAGGAAAACACACACAGCACAACGUCUAACCAAUUAAAACUGCACCACAAAUUUCAUACUGGACAGAAAUCUUACCCGUGCUCCUCAUGUGGACAGAGCUUUCGAAAAUCUAGACAUCUUGAGAUUCACAUGACAUUUACAUGAAGAAGUGUUGUAAAGUUCAUCCUCAGAGAACUGUUCAGACGUGAAGAUCAUCUGCAGUAACUUGUUCAAAUUACUUGUGAAGUUUGUUCUUGUUUAACAAAUCAAACAUUCAGAGAACAUCAAUGUAAUAAUUCAGCAAAAUGCAGUUUUGGGAUCUUUUCUAGUUACUGAGCGUUUUGAGUAGAUACAGCUCAUCCGAUUCACAGUCUGGAUUCAAACUUAUUACACAAUGAGCCACUCAAAAUUUUCCAGGUUAGUGAAUGCAAAUGUUUCAACAUUAAUGUCUGGUUUCACAGACUAGGCUUGAUUGAAAAUAUGUAUGUAUUCUUGUGAAAUUAUUUGUGUUUAAAUGGGGUUUUUUUUCCGUGCACUGCUGGUUUUGCACUUUGAAGAGAUUUAAAUGCACUCCUCAACUAUUAUUUUAACCGGCAAAAUAGGCAUCUUUCAUAAGUUUAUAUAAUAUUGUCUACAAUUUAAUAAAAUGAACUGAAUUAUAACAUUUUGCA